UUCCCCAUUUCUUUUUACACUGUUAUAAGACAAUAACAAUGAAUGCACUACAACCAAUUAAUCAGGACCAAACCAGAGAACUUUGAAGUGCUGUUUAAAAAAGAAAAAUGUUGCUUCCUCUUAUACUAUUUCUAUUGCUGGGAGCACCCUACUCUAGAGCAGCAGUAGUUUGUGAGGAAAAGAGCUCAGCAGGGUCUAAUGGAACCCAUGAAUGUGUUUGUCCACUGCACACUGCACUUGAUCCCUCUACUGUAACAUUACAAACAUCAGGGCCAUGGGGUGGAUCAGGAGGUACAGCAUUCUAUGAUGGUACUGCUUCAGCUAUAUCUGCAGUUCAUAUCAGGCAUGGAAAGGCCAUUUAUUCUUUCCAAACACAGUAUGUGAUUGGUACUACCCUACACUGGUCACAACCCCAUGGUAGCUCUGAUGGAGAGCUUGUCAUAUUGAACUUGAACUAUGAGGAAGAGUACGUAGGACAGAUAAAAGGCCAUUAUGGGGAUGUAAUCCUGCCAUGUCCUUGUCAAACAGUGAAUUCCAUAGAGUUCAAAGUGGUGAACAGUAAGAGUGGAAUAGCUAGGACUAUUGGACCCUUUGGCAAUCCUGUGGGUACACCAUUUGCAUCUCCCAUGGGGGCCAAGAUUGUUGGUUUCUAUGGACAUGCAGGCACAGCCAUUGAUCAGAUUGGUGUCUACAUUCACUCUGCCCCUAACAAGUUACAUUGCGAUACAGUCUCUGCCUCUUGAACAUUGAGCAUUGAGCAUGAUCAGUGUUAUGAAAAAAUGGUCUUGCCAUAGCAUAUAGUGUAGCUGGUAUUUAUCAUCUUGUGUCUCUUAUGGAAGCUAAGCCAUCAUUAAGUACCUGGUGCUUGCUUUCUUUUGGUUGGUAUUGAACAUCACAUCAUCUUAACAUUACCUAAAGGUAUUUUUUGCUAAUCAAGAUGUUGGGUUUCCUCUAAAUUGUGUUAUAUUUCAUUA